AUGUCGCUCAGGAUGACGGUGGCCCGGAUUGUCAGCACUCCGGCUCCGGCUCCUGAGCACAAUCUCGCAGGAACAUCCGGGCACGUGGUUGUGGGUGCAGAAGUCUCAUCACAGACUCUCACCCGGGAACUUCGAAACCAACUUGACGGUUGGGUGUCGCGGAUUCCCGACUGCCUGGAUUGGUCGGUCGAACCAGGAAACGGAGCUUCGUCGCCGCCAGCAAAGCGCCUGAAACUACUCUACUGGUUUGCCAGAUUUGCCCUGUACCGGCCGCUCAUCCUUCGCGUCCAACAGGAUCCGAGUCUCCGUCUGCAGAAUUUCGAGUGGUCCCUACUCCACGAGGGUCUCCUUUCCGCGCUGACCUUGGCCAAGGUCUUUUUGACCGAAGAGCCGGACGUCGAUGUCAUCGAGGGGAAUAGAAUUCUGUCCGCAAUCUACGCACUCAAAGCAAUGACUUCAACCCGUUCUCUUCUGGCAUUGUAUGGGCAGAAUCUAGACCAGAUCGUGCAGGCGGCCAUGGAUGCGCUGCGCACCCGGUUUGCCGACAGGUGCGAGUGGCUGCUUUGUAAGAUCUAUCAAAUCGAUCUGGUGAACGGCUCAUAG